AUGGCUGUCGAUCCGCGCGUACUCCAGCAAGAGGCAGAGAAGACCCUCGCGAGCGCCUCCAAGGGGUGGGGCCUCUUCAGCAACAAGGAAGACAAGUACCAAAAUGCGGCGGAUCAGUACGUUCAGGCAGCCAACGCUUUCAGGUUGCAGAAGUCGAACAUCGAUGCCGGCAAGUGUUUCGAGGAAGCUGCCAAGAUCUUCACUGAGAAGUUGAAGGAGCCCAACGAUGCGGCGAAUGCCAUGUUGGACGCCUUCAAGGUCUAUAGGAAAGAUGACCCCGGUAGCGCUGUGCGCUGCGUCGAGGCCGCCAUCAAGCAGUAUACCAUGGCGGGCAACUUCCGGAGAGCUGCGUCGCACAAGGAGAACCAGGCUGAGGUCUACGAGAACGAGCUGCAGAAUAAGCCCGAGGCUAUCAAGGCCUACACAACCGCGGCUGAGUGGUAUGAGAAUGACGGUGCUGUCGCUCUUGCGAACAAGCUCUGGCUCAAGGUAGCCGAUCUCUCUGCCCUUGCGGGCGAUUACUUCGGCGCGAUUGAGAAGUUCGAGAAGGUCGCAGAGGCGUCACUCGGCAACAACCUGAUGAGGUACUCGGUCAAGGAGUACUUCCUCAAGGCCGGUCUCUGCUCCUUGGCGACCAAGGAUAAUGUCACUGCCCAGCGCAACAUCGCCAAGUAUGCCGAGAAGGACCCAUCGUUUACGGGUCAGCGCGAAUACCAACUCCUGGUCGACUUGUUGGAAGCCGCCAUGAACAACGACGUCGAGAUGUUCCAGGACAAACUGGCUGCGUACGAUAAGAUGAGCAGACUCGAUGACUGGAAGGCCGCCGUCCUUCUCCAGAUCAAGAACAACUUUGAGGAAUUGGACAGCGAGUUCUCAUAG